AUGGCUAGGUCCAGAAAUAGGUCUUCAGAUAGCCGACGUCGCUCAAGACGUCGACGUUAUCGUUCUCCUUCACACGAGAGACGAAAGCGCGAGAGGAGUCGCGAUAGAUCUCACCGAACUAGCGAUCGCUCCUCACGAAAUAAAGAUCGAUCAGAGCAUCGUAGAAGACGUAAAAGUUCUUCCUCACCUUCUACUGACGAGGGAAAGAAACUUAAGAAGUCUCACUUAAGGGAUAUUGACAGAAAAAUACGGGAAGCUAGGAAGAAGGAGGAACAUGAGAAGCGAAUACAAGAGCAAAAGGAAAGAGAAAAACGAGAAGCAGAAGAAAGAGAGCGGGAAUCGGAGGCUGCUCGUCAGCUGGAAGAAAGAGUUUCAGCUGCAUAUGAGGCUGCUUUAGUUGAUAGAGCUACAGAAUUACGCGAGGAACUUGAAAGACUAUAUCAGGCUGAAAUCGAUAAAAGAGUCAAGCAACACAUUGAGGAAAUAGAACGUGAAUUACAACGGGCCCACGAAGAGAAACGAAGGGUUGAGGAAGAAGAAAGGCGCAAGCAGGAGGAAUUAGAACGUAUUCUUGAGGAAAAUAAUCGAAAACUCAUGGAAGCCAGAAAACGCGAGGAUAUUGCCUUUCACAUUAAAAACUAG